GGGAGCGUCCACGCACGUACGCGCAAUGACAGUAUAGAAUCUCGAAAACCCCCGAUCGUGGAAGACAAAACACUUUUCUUCCCCUGCAUUUUUGCGCGCUUCGAAUUAUGACUGGAGUAUUUGACAGAAGGAUUCCGAACAUCAAGACUGCUGAUUUUCAAAACCCUUUUCAGAUUUCGACCAUGCACCACCCGUCUCAGGAAUCUCCAACCCUACCCGAGUCAACAGCCACGGAUUCUGGCUACUACAGUCCGGCCACCGGUGGAGUUCACCAUGGCUAUUGUUCACCCAACUCAGCGUCUUAUGGAAAACCCCUGAAUGCAUAUCAGUACCAGUACCACAGUGUUAACGGAUCGGCUGGAAAUUACUCGACAAAGUCUUACCCCGAUUACAGCUCAUACACCAGCGCUGCCUACCACCAAUAUGCAGGAGCAUACAGCCGAGUCCAGUCACAACCUAGUCCACAAGAAAAAGAAGUAGCAGAGCCGGAAGUACGGAUGGUCAAUGGAAAACCCAAGAAAGUCCGAAAGCCACGAACCAUCUAUUCGAGUUUUCAGCUCGCGGCUCUUCAGCGGCGGUUCCAGAACACCCAGUACCUCGCGCUGCCCGAGAGAGCCGAGCUGGCCGCGUCACUCGGUCUUACUCAGACACAGGUAAAAAUAUGGUUUCAGAACCGGCGCUCCAAGAUGAAAAAGAUCAUGAAGAACGGGGAGCUUCCUCCGGAUCACAGCCCGAGUUCCAGCGACCCAAUGGCCUGCAAUUCGCCACAGUCCCCCGCAGUAUGGGACUCGCAAGGUCCGCCGAGGCCUCACAACCACCAGAAUCAGCAAAACAUUAAUGCAGCGGCUUCAAGUUUUUUGGAGAACUCUAGCUCCUGGUAUUCCGGCGCUAACAUGAAUUCACACCUGCAGACGCCCAACUCAUUACAGCACUCGCUUGUUCUUGGAUCAGGAACGUUGUACUGAAACCCCCCUCAUAUAUUUUUUGUUGUAUCGGACUGCUGUGUACAUUCUUUUUUGAGGAAUAUGCAAUGUAUUAAUAUGACAGUCAUAGAAGAACGUGUAAAAUGUGUAAAUGUGUGCAUGUAAUUUAUUGCAUUUGGAAGACUUAUUAAAUGUUUUAAACGGACAUUGGGAAUCCAAACACUUUUGGUGCCUUGAAUUUUGACCUCAACACUAACUUAACAUUUCUUGUAUAUUUUUUUCAGUAUAGCCAAGUGGCAUUGGAAUUGUAUAUUGCAAGGACUACACAGAAAAAAAUAAACA